CAAAGCGCAAGAUGGCGGCGGAGAGUCUGUUCGGCCGGUUGGUGCCGGUGCAGGUGAAGUGCCAGGGCUGCGAGGACAGGAGGAUAAAUGUUCGAGUAAGGAUUGAGCUACAAUCAACAUCUAAUCCUGUUCAUAAAAAGGACUUAGUAGUACAGUUGACUGAUGAUGCUGACCCCUUUUUCCUUUAUAACCUGGUUAUAUCUGAGGAAGACUUUCAAAGUUUAAAAUGCCAGCAGGGUCUUUUGGUAGAUUUCUCUGCUUUUCCGCAAAGAUUUAUAGAUCUACUUCAACAGUGCAUUCAGGAACAAAACAAAGAUACCCCAAGGUUUUUGCUGCAAUUAGUUUCUUCAGCAUCUGUUUUAGAUCACACACCUGCUUUUUUAAAUGUAGUGGAGACAAACCCAUUUAAACAUCUUACACAUCUCUCACUAAAAUUUCUGCCGGGAAAUGAUGCAGAAAUAAAGAAGUUUUUAGCAAUCUGUUUGAAAUGUAUUAAGGAAGAAAAGUCGUUAUUGGAACAAAAGCUUAAAAAAACUGAAGAUGACCUUACCAGACAGCUGAGCUACACGCAGCAGAGCCUGUCAGAAAAGAGCCGGGAAUUAGAUAAGUUGAGAAGUGAAUGGACGUCACAUACAACAAUGCUAACAAAUAAGCACACUCAGGAAUUGACAAAUGAGAAGGAAAAAGCUCUCCAGGUGCAGACUCAGUACCAACAACAACAUGAACAACAGAAAAAAGAAUUGGAAAACUUGCAUCAGAAAAGUAUCCAACAGCUACAGAAUCGAUUGUCAGAACUAGAGAUUGCCAACAAGGACCUAACAGAAAGGAGAUACAAAGGAGACUCCACAAUUAGAGAACUUAAAGCAAAACUCUCUGGGAUAGAAGAUGAGUGCCAGAGAGCAAAGCAAGAAGUGUUGUCAUUGCGUCGGGAGAAUACUACGCUGGAUGCUGAAUGCCAUGAAAAAGAGAAACACAUUAAUCAGCUACAAACACGAGUUGCAGUUUUGGAACAAGAGAUCAAAGAUAAGGACCAGCUAAUUAUUAGGACAAAAGAAGUAUUAGAUGCAACACAAGAACGAAAGGUGAUACUGGAAGAAAAUACAGAGAAGAAACAAGUUCAUGUAGGAAAACUUGAAGCAACAAUAAAAUCAUUAUCAGCUGAACUUCUUAAGGCUAACGAAAUUAUCAAGAAGUUACAAGGAGAUUUGAAAACUCUAAUGAGUAAAUUGAAAUUGAAAAAUACAGUAACAAUUCAGCAAGAAAAACUCUUGGCUGAAAAAGAAGAGAAACUACAGAAAGAGCAAAGGGAACUGCAGGAGACUGGACAAUCUCUUAGAGUAAAAGAGCAAGAGGUCUGCAAGUUGCAAGAACAGUUAGAAACUACAGUACAAAAACUGGAAGAAAGCAAGCAACUGCUAAAAACCAAUGAAAAUGUAAUCACAUGGUUAAAUAAGCAACUGAAUGAAAUUCAGAUGGCACGAAAGCAAGAGAUAUUGGGAACUUCUACCAUUCCACUUACACAUUCAAGCAAUGGCACUAUUAGAACUGGCACUUCACCUCACAAUAUGCUUGACAACAGACUCCGUUUUACUAGCUCAGGAAUCAGUUACCCCAUCUCUCCGGUAUGCGCUUUCCAAAACUUUCCAGAAACCGCACCUGUGAAAAGUGCCAACCAGCAGGUUUCAGGACCAAAGGUUCAGUUUAACAUGCAGCUUUCAAAAACUAAUAAAAGUUCAGACAUUCAGCCAGGAUUUCCUAUUGCAACUGGUCAUUCAACAAAUAUAGAAAAUGGUGAGAAUUUGGGAUUGGAAUUGAAGUAUUUAAAGAAAAGAGAAGACAGCAUUCCUUUACGAGGUCUCAGCCAAAAUACAUUUAACUCCUCAGAAUAUCCGAAAUCCUCCACAUCAACAAAAACACUAACUUCAUCAAAACCCGGAAUACAGUCUACAGUCUCUGCUUACUUCCCUGGAUUGCAAACAACAUAAUCAUUAGAUGAAAUCUUUUAUUUUACCAACUAUCGAAGAUUUUGGAUAGCUUUUAAUUAAGAUACUAAAUACAAUUAUUACCCCUUAAAAUGUCAGUCAAAAUGUUAUAGUAACUGUUUAAAAUGAGUUAACUUUACCAUACAUUUGUAUAAUCUUUGGCUUUUGUGAAGAAAGCAAAUUGAUUUACAUAAAUAUCAGUAUACAAUUCCAGCCAGAAAAGUAAAAUAUGGAGGGGAAAAAUAUUAACUACUUUAAUCACAUGAAAAUAUAAUGCUACAAAAUGAUUGUUUAG